CCCGCCCCUCCAGGUGCGGGAAGUCUGAAGCCGGCAAACAUGGCCGCCGCCCGCCGCUUCGACCGGGCUGCGGCUGCACCGGCGGCCUUGUUGCUCUUGUCCUUCGGCGGCUUGGCCGCUGCUGGCGUCGAGGACCAAGCAGAACAAUUCUUUAGAAGUGGCCAUACAAACAACUGGGCUGUUCUGGUAUGUACAUCCCGAUUCUGGUUUAAUUACCGACAUGUUGCAAAUACUCUUUCUGUUUAUAGAAGUGUCAAGAGGCUAGGUAUUCCUGACAGUCACAUUGUCCUAAUGCUUGCAGAUGAUAUGGCAUGCAAUCCUAGAAACCCCAAACCAGCUACUGUGUUCAGCCACAAGAAUAUGGAACUCAAUGUGUACGGAGAUGACGUGGAAGUCGAUUACCGCAGCUAUGAGGUAACUGUGGAAAAUUUUUUACGGGUAUUGACAGGGAGGAUUCCACCUAGUACUCCACGGUCAAAACGUCUUCUUUCUGAUGAUAGAAGCAAUAUUCUCAUUUAUAUGACAGGACACGGUGGAAAUGGUUUCUUGAAAUUUCAAGAUUCUGAAGAAAUUACCAACAUAGAACUUGCAGAUGCUUUUGAACAAAUGUGGCAGAAAAGACGCUAUAACGAGCUGCUGUUUAUUAUUGAUACUUGCCAAGGAGCAUCCAUGUAUGAGCGGUUUUAUUCUCCUAACAUAAUGGCUCUAGCUAGCAGCCAAGUGGGAGAAGACUCUCUCUCGCAUCAGCCUGAUCCAGCAAUUGGAGUCCAUCUGAUGGAUAGAUACACAUUUUAUGUCUUGGAGUUUUUGGAAGAAAUUAACCCAGAUAGCCAAACUAAUAUGAAUGACCUUUUUCAGGUGUGUCCCAAGAGCCUGUGUGUGUCUACUCCUGGACAUCGCACUGAUCUGUUUCAGAGGGAUCCAAAAAAUGUCCUGAUAACUGAUUUCUUUGGAAGUGUUCGGAAAGUGGAAAUUACAACAGAGACUAUUAGUUUGCAACGGGAUUCAGGAAUCAUGGAAAGCAGCCAUGAGGAAGGCCAGAGGGAUGAGGAGCUAAUGGAACCUCUGAAAUAUGCCGAGCAACUUCCUGUAGCUCAGAUAAUACACCAGAAACCAAAGCUGAAAGACUGGCAUCCUCCUGGGGGCUUUAUUCUGGGGCUGUGGGCACUCAUUAUCAUGGUCUUCUUCAAAACAUACGGGAUCAAGCACAUGAAGUUCAUUUUUUAGACUUGAUGGUAUGUGAAGAAGAACGCAAGGAAAACUGCAACCUUGGAUGAAAAUUUAUGCCAUCUAUGUUUUUUAAAAUGCGUUGUUCUUGUGUGAAUUGGAAAAAGUAUAAGGAAGCUAAAUUUGAAUAAACUAUUGAUUUUAUAAUGUAAAGAAAAAUAAUUGUUAAUGCAUUUGCUUAAUGUCACUAAGUAUAUUUUGGUUUUUAAUUUUGUGUUAUUAAAAACAAAUGAG